GGAGGUUGCAGUACGAGUAGCGCUUGAUGCGGCACGGUCGCGGUAUAAGACGACGACGCGUAGAGAGUUUCGCGCUUUCAAUCAAAAAAGGACAAGGAACUUAGUACACGCGCUUCGAACAGAACUCGGUGUAAGUCAUCUCGCACAAAUAUUAACCCGUGUGAAAAGCCCCGCCUUCUUCCCCGAGAGACGAUAAACGAGAAAGGCCGACACACGACUGAGAAGUCGACUAUCGUAACGAACAAGAGGAACGAACGGCUUUCCUGUGUGAGGAGAUCGCGACUGAGGAGAAGAACGGUGGACGGGGCGGCGGCAGCUAAGCGCUGAUGUUUCAAGUGUUUGACAUUCCCAGGUAAACGCGCUUCGCAAAGCGCCCGUGUUUGACUGCAAACAACGGAUGCGUCGUGCGCUCCUCUCUCUCUCUCUCUCUCUGUAUCCCUCGCCGUUUCGAGUGUUCGGGACCCCGCGGUUCGAUAACGGAGCAUUGUUUACCGUCGGCGAUACGACGUGCUUCCGCGAAUCGUGAGUCGUCUCUUGUCUGUCUUCACGCAGCAUGUGAAUUCCAGUCGCGAUAAAGAGAACGAGAAGUAUCACCUCUGCCGCCGCCGUCGCUGCCAACUUCACGCGGUCGGCGCAUUUCGGACAGUCGCCAACUUCACGCUGCUCCGUGACGACGGACGUUCUCGCACGAGUUCCGUGAUUGUAUAUUCGCAACAAAAACGCGGAACAAAACGCUCGCGGAUCGCGUCGAGAAGUUCUCGAAAGCGUGUGUUUUGGAACGCGUCGUCGGUCAGAGAGGGGGAGGUUCGCGAUUGUCGCGAACUUCAGACCGCGUGACUCCGCGCGGCAGUCUCGAUGGCGCACUGGCGCGCGCGAAUUGUGAGAAUGACGACCAGGUGAAUUCGACCGUGCGGUUGUCUAUAGAAUAUCGUGAAUCUCGUCACGGACUGUGAGUUUUUGCGUCGCGCGAUAAAGAUUUCGAAACUCGCGAAAUAUUUAAUUUAUAUUGACUGCCGGGAUAUUUCGCACGUUCGCGUGGUAUAAUCGUUCCACGAGGAUCGAAACUCGAUCGUUUACGCGGCUGGUGCGCGAAAAGUGAUUUAUUUCGAACAGGAUUGGCGACUGGUGCGCGAAUAAUAAUAAUAACAACAACAACAACGAUGAGCGUGAAAAUGAGAAUAUCGGCGAUUGUGCGUGCCGUCGUUGCGCUCACAAUAUCGACAUCGACGAUCGGUCUCUGCAAUGAGCUUAAGGAUUACUGCUCGAUGCACACGUACGACAAUCUAGCGGGCGGUCUGCAGUUCACGAAGGAGGUCAUUCCCACCGAGUACGCCAACGUGGGUGCAUUCAAGGCUCUCCACUGUUGCCUCAAGGGAUACAGGAGCAUCGAAUGGUACAAGGAUAACAGAGCUUACCCGUGGCCGGGUAGUGACAGCCAUUUUAUCCUAUAUCCCGAGAGCGCGAAUCAAACGAUCUAUACGCGGGAGAUAAGAGCCACAGAUGCGGGACGAUACUCGUGUAAAGCACAUAACGACACAAGCAAUAUGGAGGCUGACAUUACUCUCGAUGUACUCGAGGAAUCUGGUGUUUACACGGGGAAACCGCUAUUUACAUACAUACCGGCGACGGAGAUGAGACCACUGGGAGGCAGAGUGAGACUCUUCUGCGAAGCCUACCUGGGCAAAGUUGAUUUACCCGACGCCGAGAACUCCAUCAGCUGGUCGAAAAGUGACAACAACAUGACGCUACCCAGUCACGGCAGAGUGGCGCAGCACAAAGUGUCCCGAGAGAACGAUCAGAUAAUCGGCUCUUAUUUGGAGAUCGUGGAUGUUAAGCUUGAGGAUUAUGGCGAGUACAAAUGCGAGGUCAGCAAUGGCGUUGACGAGGAACGGACGGUGACAGCUCACGUUCGACCAGAACCGCAGUUUAUGCUGAGCCUGCCGAGUGGAUCCUGGCGGAAGUCACUUCUGCUGACGGUUCUCGCUCUCGUCCUGCUGCUAUCAGCCGGCGCAUUUUACGCACGCUGCUGGUUGCCGCUCGCAUUACUCUGCAGGGACAAGUUUGGUCGUCUCGAGGAAAACGACGGGAAGGAAUGCGACGCGCUGGUUUGCUACCACGAGAAGGACUCGAGUCUGGUGAUCGGCAUCGUGAUACCCACGUUGGAGUCCAGGCAUCGAUACAAAUGCACGGCGCUCGAACUGUCUCACCUGAAUCACAAUUGGCACCUGGAGAUCGCUCCACACGCCAGCACGGCUAGGCGAGUCAUCGUCGUGCUUAGUCCCGCUUCUCUGGGAAACAUCUGGACGGACGCGAGCGUCGGCACGGUGCUCAAGCAGCUGUCCUCGUUGCCGACACAAACGAUCGUCGUCACGCUGAAGGGACUCCCGAGCACGACAGCGACGAUCGCAAAGCGAUCGCGGCGCGACACCGACAACAUUUCUUUGGAUCGGCUGACGAUCCUGCGCUGGCAGGACGGCGGGUGCGGUAACGAGACCAUUUUCGGCCACGGUGGUCGCAAGUUUUGGUACAAAUUGAGACUGGCCAUGCCGGCGAUACGGCCGAUGGCGUUCGAGGCCAGUUGCCAAUCGGUCGCCAUGAUAGUGCAGGCAAACGGCAAAUGUGGACAGCAGAAGGCUCGUUCGCGCGAGAGUUUAGAGGUUCUCGUUUAGAGUUUCGUGUGCGCGCGCGCGUUCGUUGUCGCGACUCGGAAAUCCUGCCACGAGAAGAAAGUCCUUCGCGAGCUGACUUCACUCCUGACGAUUCGAAUCUCGCGCAUGAAUAUUUGAAGUUUGAAAAAAAAAAAAAAAAAACCGAAACAAAUCUGAAAAACUGUUAUCUCUGUACCAUUUGCUUUUCAACAAUUUUAUAAAUACGUAUUUUCACAAAUUUCGAAAAAAAAAAACACGAAAGGAAACCAGAAGACAUUUCCGAAUCUCACAAAUUUGAAUUUUGCGCGAUGACUUCGCGGCUGGGAAACUUCUGUCCGAUCAGAUUUUGAUUUGAGGAUCCCGCGAUUUUUCGUCGUCUUUGUUGUGUUUUGUAUGCGAAAUUUUUCACUUCAACGAAUGGAUUUGUAUAAAAACGCGCGCGAUAAAGUUGCAUAAUUUAUGUUUUUACCGUGUUACAGAACGAAACAUCUUGAGUGCGUCAAAUCAAUUUGUUUCGAUUUUAAACGUUUGAAUGAUCGCACACACACAAAAAAAACACGAAGAGAAAAAUGCAUAUCGUGACACUAUACUAUGUUACAUUCGACAUUUUGUGAGAUUUGUCAUGACGGAAAGCAAACUCGACUUUUUACUUCGUCUGUAAUUGGUUUCAUUUGAAAAUUAUAAUCGAUCUUAUAACGAAAGACAAAAAAAUCGACAGUUCGAUAUAUAUCUCCAGUGUUUUAUCGUCACGAUCGCAGCACGAUCUGUUCUUUUUACAUUCUGUAUAUCUCAGUGAGAUAGAGGCGGAGUGCAAUUACGUAAGAGGAAACGCCUAAACGAGGACGGGGGGGAGGAGGGGAUUUAUGCACUUCUACGAGAGACACAACUCUCUCUCGAAGUGGCAGUGCGAAUUAGUGGCGCAAAGCGUGAAUUUGCAUUUGCGAACAAGUCCCGCGGUUUUCGAAACGUUAAAAAUGUAGGAUGCAAUUUUUUCGCGCUGCCGCGCGAGUGAUGAAGUUUUGAUGAGACGGAAAAACUCAACAGUGAAAAGAAAACGAAAAAAAAAAAAAAAAACGUCCCGAUGACAACAAUAGAGACGGAAAGGACACAAAAAGUUCGUCGAAAGACGGUGGUGACUCUUUGGAAAGUGAGUUUAAUUUUUAUUGCGACUUUUGAUUUUCUUGAUCACUUUGAGAUCACUUCUGUGCUCGUAACAUUUUGACGAUUAUUAUUUUUCAAAAUAAAAAAUUGCGAAGUACACUUUGUGUUUAAUCUAUAUGAAUCAUGAGAGAACGGUGUUCUCUACCACGAGAAAGUUAAAAAGCCGAGGAGCGGAAAAAGAUAUGCGGCGAGCAGAAAUUCCCGGAUCCUUGUGAAAAGAAAGAAUGUAGAACAUUUUUGGAUUUUGUUCUUUUCUGUUGAGGGGUUUUGUUUUUGUUUUUAUUUUUGUUAAGUAUACCUUGUACCAUAUGUUGCGCGGAAUUUAUCCGCACGUAAGUACCGCGAGACAGAGAGAAAAAAGCAAAUAAAUUUAAUAAAUUACAACUCUCUAUACAUAUAUAGUUCUAUUUCAGUACAAUUGUGUUUUCAGAAAAGCGAGUUUGCUUUCCAUAUAAUAGGUUCGAUUUUUCUAGCAUUCCGAGUGUUCGUGUGUGAGUGUAUGUGAGAGAAAGAGAGAUAAAAUGAUGCCAGUCUUCCUUCUCGCGAGCGUGAUGAGAGCUUUAUUAUCGACGUUAGCGAUUAUUACAGGCGUUCGAUCAUUUUUUUUCUUUUUUUUUUUCCAGCAAUGUGCUUAUUACCAAUUUUCUUUGUAUAUAUUGGAAGUUCAUAUUUAUUUAGCUAGCCACGAUAUUUAUGUAUAAAAUUUGCGUAAUUUGUCGCGACCCUUUAACUGGUAGCUUCAUUUUUAUCUUUAUAUCGAAUGAUGAUUUUUAUAGAAAUCGAAGAAGAUCAGAUUUCAAUUUAAAUUUUUUUUACGAAUUUAAAUGGAAAUUUUACUUCAAACAUGUGUAUAUACAUUUACAUGUAUAUAUAUAUGUAUGUGUGUGUGUGUGUAUCUUUAAAUAAUUUAUAAUAACGCACACUUGUCAAGUGCGAUUGAUUUAGCGAAAAUGUUUAAUUUAAUCAUUUCCACACGUGUGUACAUACACAAGCGCGUCCAGCGUAUUAUAUUUAAAAUAAUUGCACGCUAUAAUACUGGUUAAAGGGUUCUCACUCGCAGAAAAUUGCAAUAGAGAGGUCGUUUCACAAAAACAAACGAUCUUUUGUAACCAUCUGUUUCAUGCCAAAUGAUAAUGACAGAUUCGUUAUUACGUAUUGUCGUUUGGUGUGACAUCGAGAUGUCAAUUCACCCUGGCGUGUUUAAUACAUAAUCGUUUUAUACUGUUUUAUAUAUAUUUGUAAGUAUAUUAUAACAUAUAUAUAUAUACAUAUAUCCCAGAUAAACGCAGACCUGAAAAACUCCCUAGACGCACAAUCGGUGUGUGGUGUUAGUAAAUUGUUGCUUAAGUUGUUACCGCAAUUUAUUUUUACCGGGGACAACAAGGCUGUAAAGGCUAUAAAGGAUAUGUGUCACACGGAUUUUUGUAGAUUCCUGAAUUUCUUAGUUCCUUUAAAUCCUACGUAAAGUCUGGGCUGAUUCUGGAUUCUUUGGUACCUGAAGUGCUUGGAUUCUUUCGAAUUUUUUAAUUUACACAAGUUGGUUAGCUCGUGCAUUCGUAAAUAUAUAUAUAUAUUUUAUAUAGAUUUAUAUUUUUAAUUAAAAAUCUUAAAAAUUAUAAGUUCGGAGUUUUUUAUUUACACAUCGCGCGUAUAUGUAAUAUUUAAAUUGAUCGCGGAUGUUGAACCGGGGCAAAUCUCGAUAAAAUUGUGCAUGUUUUAAUUCGGCAAAUGAUUCCCGCGCGUUAAUCGUCGAUUCACAUCGGGAUAGAGGUACCUGUAUCGAAUAUUCGCGCGUUCCGCGCUUUUUGACGGCGCAAUCGUAUUUGCAAUUGAAUACGCGCUAGUCGAUCCGAGUUGUCAGUGAUUGUCAGUCCCGGCUCCAGAGAAUUGAAUUGGGCCCAGAGCGCAAAAUAAAAAUAAAAAUAAAAAAAAAAAAAAAAAAAAACGGGGAGAAUAUUCGUAAAUAUAAGUGAUCCACACACGAGAGAGAGAGAGAGAGAACACACACUCGACGGCACAACAAUAAUGAUAUAAAGAUUUAGAAGAUAAGCGUUACUUGUGUAAUUAUUAUUAUUAUUAAUUAUUUGUAACCGUGAUCGCGCGCAAUCGUGAACGAUUGUGCCGAAGAAUUAAGAAGAAAAUGGAAGAAAGAGAGUGGGGUAAGAGGUGAGCUUAAUUUUUAAUCUCGAUAGCGAUUAUUCUCUUUACUGUCAGUAUUACGACACACUAGUGUACUCGUCUCGCCGGGGAUACCGAGCAAGGGAAUCACAUUGCUCACGGAUGAUCCGCGAGCCGAGUAAGCAGAGUAGAUGUAGAACUGUACUUUGUGAACGGCCCGUUUCGGAAAGGAACUCAAAGUAAGUACCACGCGUGUGUUUCGACAAUACACACAGAGGUGUGGUAUUAAUUUUUU